CUACAUGGAAAGGUUCAGGUAGCUACUGUACAGUGAGGAUCAGGACAUUUAGUACUUCUCCCAUGCGAAGGUUUAGCCGAGCGGUGGUGAACAAAUUAGGGAAGGUUCAGGGUCGACGUCUAUGCAGGUAACUUGCGAAAGGAUGACCGUAAGGUCAAGUGCACAGCGAACUUCCAGCUGAACUCAACUCUCAAUGGCUCAGUGUUCACUCUCAUCAGAAUUCGAUAUCAUUGUUGCUGGAGGCGGUGCUACAGCUUGUGUUGUCGCAGGUCGCCUAGCUGCAUGCGAUUCCUCUCUCAAGAUCUUGAUUUUGGAAGCGGGCGAACACACCCUUAAUGAAGCUGCUCAUGUUCAACCUUAUCAAUAUGUCACCCAUCACGCGCCUACGAGUACAACGAUGAUAUUCAAUGUUGGAAAUCCUACUCCGCGUCUCAACGGCCGUGCACCAAUCGUUCACUGCGGCCAUUGCGUUGGUGGAGGCUCAAGUGUGAAUUUCAUGGGAUACACUCGUGCGCCUGCCUCAGAUUUCGAUGAUUGGGAAGUCGAUGGUUGGGAAUCUGAGAAUUUAAUUCCCCUCAUGAAGAAGCUGGAGACAUACGAGGUGCAGCCCGAUCGUCCAACUCACGGGUACAAUGGACCUAUCAAGGUGUCCUCUGGUGGGCGUAAACCAGGUAUCUGCGAAGAGUUCGUCCAUGUCGGCACGACCUAUCACAAGAGGUUAUAUGCCGAUGACACAGAUGAUCUAGAAACAUGCAACACAUACAGUCCGUGGGCGAAGUAUAUUGACGGGACAACUGGAAGGCGUUCCGAUGCGGCACACUUGUACGUCUACAACCAAGCUCACAACCCGAAUUUACAACUCUGGGUGGGCAAGCGCGUGAAGCGUAUCAUAUUCGAGGGAAAACGUGCUGUAGGCGUCGAGUUCACCAGCGACACAGUGUCUUGCCCAGGCGCGGACCAGUUGUCGAACAUUGUGAGAGCAUCGAAGCUUGUUGUUGUCUCUGCUGGCGCAUUCGGUUCUCCGGCCAUUCUCGAGAGGUCUGGGAUCGGUGCCGAUGCGGUCCUCAACCGGUGUGGCAUCAAGCAACUGGUCAACUUGCCUGGCGUUGGAGAAAAUUAUCGAGAUCACAAUGGUGCGAUCGUUCCAUAUUUCGCUGGUGACGGGGUUGUUACCAUGGACUCCCUCUGGCGUGGGGAGGAGAGUGUUGUACAGGAAAGCGUUGCGCGAUGGAAAAGUGAUGGCAAGUCACUCAUUGCCCAAAAUGGAAUUGAUGUCAAAAUCAAGUGGCGUCCUGAUGAUGACGAGCUGAAAGCCAUGGGUUCAACUUUUCAAACACGAUGGAAGGAGUUCUUCCAGGACCGCCCAGACAAGGCUGUUGCCAUAUUCGCCCCCAUGGCCGGAUACUUUCGACUCUCGAGUGACUUUCCUCCUCGCAAUUACCUGGGUGCUGGCUAUUAUACACUUUACCCCAUGUCCGUUGGCAGCGUUCAUAUCAAAUUGGGAGACAACGGAAAGGAAGAGCUCGACUUCACUACGGGCUACCUAGACGAUCCAUCCGAUAUCGUACCUCUUAACUUUGGGUACAAAAAGAUGCGCGAAAUCUUUCGACGCAUGCCUUCCUACCGAGGCGAAGUCCACACCGGUCAUCCUCGUUUCCCAAAGGGAAGCGCUGCAGUGUGCAGAGAAGCGUCUGGGCCAGUGGACUUGCAUGAUCCUGACAUCAUCUACACUGCUGAAGAUGACGAGGCGAUCGACAACUUUCAUCGUGACAACAUGAACACGGCGUGGCACUCGCUCGGGACUUGCGCAAUGAAGCCGGAGGCGGAUCAAGGAGUCGUCGACGCUCGGUUGAACGUGUACGGCGUGACGAAUCUCAAGGUUGCAGAUAUGUCUAUCGCACCUAAAAAUGUCGGCACGAAUACGUAUUCGACGGCUCUCCUCAUUGGAGAGAAGGCUGCAAUAAUUAUUACUGAAGACUUGGGUAUGCAUUGUAGACUAUGAGUGAUCGUGCGCGUUUAUUUGACAUGUACUUCCGUGGCGCCACAUCGGUGUCGAGGGAUCCAUUAUAUAUACGGAUUCCAUAGAUUGCCAGAGACGAGCAAAAUAGACGAAUACGAUAGCACCUAUUGGCGACGCUCUUCAGUAUAUAAACGUAAGGGAGCAAGGUAAAAUGUGACAUGCUGUUGAAAUGAUCACUAGACAUCAUCAAGGACGAGAUGUUGGUCCAGUUCACUUCUUUGCACGUAAAUGGCUUGCCGCGGGGUUCAUCUACAUGAUGGAUGUAAGGACACUGGAGAUGCUGUAGGUAUAUGCAUUGUCAUGAGGAGUCCUCAUGUGCACCUGGAUGAUACCUGUAUAGAAAAUACGUACCAUUCGUACCCGUAUCAUGAACUUGCUUACCAGUAAAGCAGACCAUGAAAACUGCGCGCACACACCGUAUGCGAUACAGUUUGUUCGUUCGUUCG